AUGGGGAAAGCGGACCAGUACGAGAUGUACUCGGUGGAGAUGGAGAAGCAGGGCAACGGUGCCAUGGACGUGAAGAUCAAGAAGAAGAAGACGAACAAGGCGGCGAAGAAGAAAGAGAAGCUGGAGAGCAUGAAGAAAGAGAUGGACGUGGACGAUCAUCAGCUCUCGGUGGAAGACCUGGAGCUGAAGUACCAAACCAACGUGACCAAGGGCAUGAACAGCACAGUGGCAGGAGAGAUCUUGCUCCGAGAUGGCCCCAACGAGCUCAAACCCCCCAAGGGGACCCCUGAAUAUGUCAAAUUCGCCCGCCAGCUGGCCGGGGGGCUGCAGUGCCUGAUGUGGGUGGCCGCUGCCAUCUGCCUCAUAGCCUUCGGCAUCCAGUGCGGCCAAGGAGACCUAACCAGCGCAGAUAACCUGUACCUGGCUAUUGCCCUCAUCGCCGUCGUGGUCGUAACCGGCUGCUUUGGCUACUACCAGGAGUUCAAGAGCACCAACAUCAUCGCCAGCUUCAAGAAUCUCGUGCCACAGCAAGCCACGGUGAUUCGGGACGGGGACAAAUUCCAGAUCAAUGCCAACCAGCUGGUGGUGGGUGACCUGGUGGAGAUCAAGGGCGGGGACAGGGUCCCGGCCGACAUCCGGAUCAUCACAGCACAGGGCUGCAAGGUGGAUAAUUCGUCUCUGACAGGGGAGUCCGAACCCCAGACGAGAGCCCCCGAGUGCACCCACGAGAGCCCCCUGGAGACCCGGAACAUCGCCUUCUUCUCCACCAUGUGCCUGGAAGGCACUGCCACCGGCAUCAUCGUUAACACCGGAGACCGCACCAUCAUCGGGCGCAUCGCCAGCCUGGCCUCGGGCGUGGAGAACGAGAAGACGCCCAUUGCCAUCGAGAUCGAGCACUUUGUGGAUAUCAUCGCCGGCCUGGCCAUCUUCUUCGGGGGCACCUUCUUCAUUGUCGCCAUGGUGAUCGGCUACCCCUUCCUCAAGGCCAUGGUCUUCUUCAUGGCCAUUGUGGUGGCCUAUGUGCCCGAGGGCCUGCUGGCCACUGUCACGGUCUGUCUCUCACUCACAGCCAAGCGUCUGGCUCGAAAGAACUGUGUGGUGAAGAAUCUAGAGGCAGUGGAAACUCUGGGCUCCACCUCUGUCAUCUGCUCCGACAAAACGGGUACCCUGACCCAGAACCGCAUGACUGUUUCCCAUCUCUGGUUCGACAAUCAGAUUCACACGGCUGACACCACAGAGGACCAGUCAGGGCAGAGCUUCGAUCAGUCAUCAGAGACAUGGCGAGCUCUGUGCAAGAUCGUGUCUCUCUGCAAUCGAGCCUUUUUCAAAUCAGGCCAGGACAACGUGCCAGUGCCCAAGAGGAUCGUGAUUGGAGAUGCCUCAGAGACGGCGCUGUUGAAGUUCUCCGAGAUCACGCUGGGGAACGUCAUGGAGUACCGGGAGCGCUACAAGAAAGCCUGUGAAAUCCCCUUCAACUCCACCAACAAAUUCCAGCUGUCCAUCCAUGAGCUGGAGGACCCGCGGGACCCCCGUUACCUGCUGGUGAUGAAGGGAGCCCCGGAGCGGAUCCUGGAGCGUUGCGCCACCAUCAUGAUCAAGGGGCAGGAACUGCCCCUGGACGAGCAGUGGAAGGAGGCGUUCCAGACGGCGUACAUGGAUCUGGGGGGUCUGGGAGAGCGUGUGCUGGGGUUCUGCCACCUGUACCUGGACCCAGGGCAGUUCCCACACGGCUUCGCCUUCGACACGGAGGAUAUGAACUUCCCCACCAGCGGGCUCUGCUUCGCCGGCCUCAUCUCCAUGAUUGACCCGCCCCGCGCCACCGUGCCUGACGCCGUCAUGAAGUGCCGCACGGCUGGCAUCCGGGUUAUCAUGGUGACUGGAGACCACCCCAUCACGGCCAAGGCGAUUGCGGCCAGCGUGGGCAUCAUCUCAGAGGGCAGCGAGACGGUGGAGGACAUCGCCGCCAGGAUGCGCAUCCCCGUGGAGCAGGUUAACAAGUGGGAGGCCCGGGCCUGCGUGGUGAACGGGGGGCAGCUGAAGGACAUGGAGACCGAGGAGCUGGUCGAGAUCCUGAAGAUGCAUCCCGAGAUGGUCUUCGCCCGGACCUCCCCCCAGCAGAAACUGAUCAUCGUAGAGAGCUGCCAGAAACUGGGCGCCAUUGUGGCCGUGACAGGUGAUGGGGUGAACGAUUCCCCGGCUCUGAAGAAGGCUGAUAUUGGGGUGGCCAUGGGCAUCGCCGGCUCUGAUGCGGCUAAGAACGCGGCUGACAUGAUCCUGCUGGAUGACAAUUUUGCUUCCAUCGUUACCGGCGUGGAGCAAGGCCGCCUGAUUUUUGACAACCUGAAAAAAUCCAUCGCGUACACCCUGACCAAGAACAUCCCAGAGCUGACCCCGUAUCUGAUCUACAUCACGGUCAGCGUCCCCCUGCCUCUGGGCUGCAUCACCAUCCUCUUCAUCGAGCUUUGCACUGACAUCUUCCCCUCGGUGUCCCUGGCCUACGAGAAAGCCGAAAGUGACAUCAUGCACCUGAAGCCCCGGAACCCCCGACGUGACCGGCUGGUGAACGAAGCCCUGGCUGUGUACUCCUACUUCCAGAUUGGGGCCAUCCAGUCCUUCGCUGGCUUCACGGACUACUUCACGGCCAUGGCCCAGGAGGGCUGGUUCCCCCUGCUCUGCGUGGGGCUGCGGGCCCAGUGGGAGAACGACCACCUCCAGGACCUGCAGGACAGCUAUGGGCAGGAGUGGACAUUUGGGCAGCGCCUGUACCAGGAAUACACCUGCUACACCGUCUUCUUCAUCAGCAUCGAGAUGUGUCAGAUCUCGGACGUCCUCAUCCGCAAGACUCGCCGUCUCUCCGUCUUCCAGCAGGGCUUCUUCAGGAAUAAAAUCCUGGUGAUCGCCAUCGUGUUCCAGCUCUGCCUGGGCUGCUUCCUAUGCUACUGCCCUGGCAUGCCAAACAUCUUCAACUUCAUGCCCAUACGAUUCCAGUGGUGGCUGGUGCCGUUACCUUAUGGCAUCCUCAUCUUCGUCUAUGAUGAAAUUCGAAAGCUGGGAGUCCGCAGGCACCCUGGAAGCUGGUGGGACAAAGAACUUUACUACUAAAAGCAAAGCUCUGCCCCGCGGCUUCCGCACCCCCUCAGCCUCCUGCAGUACCUCAGGCCUUACAUCCACCCUCUCAGUGCAGCAAAAGAAAUACAGACGCCCCCGCCGUGCUC